AUAUAUAUACAUAUAUAGGGAGCAGUAGUCAAAACACUGUUAAGGAAAAAAUAGAACAUGUUUACAAAAUAAUGAGAAAGGUGGAGAAGCUAAUGCUUGGAAACUUCAUAUCAGAUUUAGAAUCUUGGGGGGUGUCAGAUUUUGCCUCCAACCUCCGCUCACAAAUCUAAAGCUCCACACGGGUGCCAUUAAUCUGUCUGCUGUGUUCUUUGUCUAUAUGCCAUUAAUCUGUCUGCUGUGUUCUCUGUCUUUAUUCUCUCUGCCUUCUUUGUCUUCCUCUUUCCUAUUCUUCUGCGUCUCUUCCCCACUCCUACCUAACACGUCUUUACUUAUAUAUCCAUUAAAAGACGCCAAGGACUUCUUCAUUUGACUUUGGCUUGUUGGCUACCAUCUCUUAAUUUCCUGUUGGCUAUAUACAUUCAUUUCCCAUCAGUACUAGUUAAAUUAAUUACCAUAUAUGAUGAAGAACUUGUUCAUGUGCCUCCGAUUCACAAGUAAGAAACCCAAGCAAAAUAUUCUUAGUGAUGAUUAUGAUGAUGAUGAGAAUUCCAAGAAAGAUAUGGAUAUGGAUGUUGUAAGGAAAUUCAGUUGGAAGGAGAUAGAGAGCUCCACUUCCAACUUCUCUAAAGAUAAGGUGAUCGGAUCCGGUGGCUUCAGCACCGUCUUCUUAGCGGCCGCCGACUCCGAUAUUAAUAUUUCUCAAUCUAAUUUGGCUGUUAAGAUCCAGAGUGGCACUCGAGUUUUCAAGCAGGAAUUGGACAUCCUUCUUCACCUUCAUCAUCACAAUAUCGUCAAGCUUGUCGGCUACUCCGAUGAUAUUGAUCGAGAAGAAGGAGCCUUGGUAUUUGAGUACGUAUCGAACGGGAACUUGCAAGAGAAGCUCCAUGGUGAUGAUGAUGAUUAUGUCCUUCCUUGGAAAAACCGAAUGGCGAUAGCCUUCCAGGUAGCCGAAGCAAUCGAAUAUCUUCACGAGAAAUGCGCUCUGCAAAUCGUUCACGGAGAUAUAAAAGCUUCAAACAUCCUACUGGACGAAAAUCUCAACUGCAAGCUCUGCGAUUUCGGGUUUGCGAAGAUGGGGUUUUCAUCAAUGGUUACUACUGGGAACAACAACAUCAACAACAACAACAACAACAGAAGGAGGGUGAUGAUGAUGGGAUCUCCGGGUUACACAGACCCACACUAUAUAAGAACUGGUAUAGCUUCCAAGAAGAAUGACGUGUACAGCUAUGGAGUGCUGCUGCUUGAGCUUGUUACAGGCAAAGAGGCAUUCUGCUCAACCAGCGGUCAGAUGUUGGUGUCGGUUGUGGGGCCCACGUUGAUUGAUGUCCGCGAUUUUGAACAUCGGAAGGUGGCCGAAAUGGUGGACCCACGCUUGGCUGGAGACUUUGACGUGGAAGAAGCGAAAACCAUGCUUUCAAUCUCGGCCAUGUGCCUUAAUGAGACGGCUGCUCUUAGACCUGGUGCUAAUCAGAUCUUGAAUACCAUCAACUCCAAAAUCUCUUCCAUCUCAUUCCUUUUCUCAUCACUACCCCACCAUAAAUGCUAAGCUUCACAUAAAUUGAUGAUUGUAAUUUGUAAAUCCCUCUAUUUCAUUUUUCUUAUUUUUUUUUUUUACUGAAUUGUUUUUUAAUAUGUAUUAUUUAGGUUCGGUUGGAGGAGAGAGUGGUAAUUUGCCACUCCGCCUGUCUGUCUGUCACUUGCCGACACAUUUUUUGUUUUUUUGUUUUUUUGAGUUUCAUCUUAUUUGUGGAAAACAAUGGGGUAAUAUACAUGUCAAUUAAAAAAAAAAAAAAAAAGUUUAAACAGCUAGAUGAGCAGAGACGCCCAUUUUGUU